CUUUCCCCAGGUUAGCUGAGUCUGAUCACUAGACUCAGGGCAGAGGGGAGAGGGAAAGAGAGCACCCUUUGCUGACAUCUCUGCAGAUGUGUCCGUGGGGCUCUCUGGGGGAGGAAGCCGGCCUCUGCAGGACAGUGCACCUUCCGGCCAGCGGGACUCUGCGGCCUGAAGGCUGGCUCGGGUCCAAGCCUUCUGCAGAAGAGCUGCUGGUUCUGGGCCAUAAGCAGGCCUUGGAAUGCUCCUGUCCCGACGAGGCGGUUGGAUUCUUCCCAGAAAAGGAGAGAAUCCUGCCAGCAAUAAGGCAAGAUGGGGAGCAGCGGGAGUCGCCUGGGGCAGAGUGUGAAUUCGCAGUUUCUUCCUGAGGAGCAGGCGGAGGUGGACCGGUUGUUUGAUGCCCUGUCAUCGGAGAAAAGCAGCGCAGCCUCGCCCAGAUCCUUUUCUCUGAAGGCACUCAAGAGCCACAUCGGGGAGGCGCUUCCCCCAGAGAUGGUCGCCAGGCUGUAUGACGGCAUGCGGGGGGUGGACCUGGCGAGACCAGCGAAGGGGCCCAGCGAGAGCGUCUCCCAAGAGCAGUUCACACUGUCGAUGUCCCACCUGCUGAAAGGGAGCUCCAGGGAGAAGAGUUUCAUGAUCCUGAAGAUGAUUUCUGCCACAGAUGGUCCCGUGAAAGCACGGGAAGUCCAAAAGUUUACAGAGGAUCUCGUCGGCUCUCUGGUGCAUGUGCUGAGCCACAGGCAGGAGCUGAGAGGCUGGGCGCAGAAGAGCACUCCCGGCCCCCCGCCCAGGGUGCAGGCUCUAGCUGUGCAGCUGCUCUCCGAGGUGAAGUUUGCAGACGGCGAGAAGCUGCUGGGGCCUGAGCAGCUGGACUAUGACUGUGACCCCGCUGUGAUCGAGGACUGGGUGUUCAGGGCCCACCUGGUGGCCACGUUCCUGAGUGUGGUCAUCCACAGGGGCUUUGGCCUGCACUGGCCCCUCGAUCUGUCCACGCUGGUCCCCGAGUGUCAGGUUGACCAGGGGCAGGAGUUUGAGAGCGUCCUGGACCUCCUGUCGGUCAUCUACGUCAACUCCCACCUGCCCAGGGAGCAGCAGCACCGCUGGCACCUGCUCUUCUCGUCCGAGCUCCACGGCCACAGCUUCGCCCAGCUCUGUGGGCGCGUCCCACACCAGGGGCCCUCCCUGCUACUCCUCAAGGACCUCGACGGCCACGUGUUUGGUGGGUUUGCCUCCUGCUCCUGGGAAAUCAAGCCUCAGUUUCAAGGGGACAACAGAUGCUUCCUGUUCUCCAUCUCCCCCAGCAUGGCCGUGUACACCUGCACGGGCUACAACCACCACUACAUGUACCUGAACCACGGGCAGCAGACCAUCCCAAACGGACUGAUGGCCGAGGCUGAUGUGGGCUCGGAGUCGGACAUGCAGGCUGGGGAGAUGCUGACGGCCUUCCCUUCGCAGGGCAUGGGAGGGCAGCAUCAUUACUUCGGGCUGUGGAUCGACGUCGACUUUGGGAAAGGACACAGCAAGGCCAAGCCCACGUGCACCACGUACAACAGCCCUCAGCUGUCCGCCCACGAGGACUUCCGGUUUGAGAAGAUGGAGGUGUGGGCGGUUGGAGACGCCUCCCAUUCCAAGCUGGCCAACAGCCAGAAGAGCAUUCUGGAUGCGGACCCUGAGGCCCGGGCCCUGCUGGAGAUCAGUGGGCGGAGCCGCCACAGCGAAGGGUUCCGGCAAGCCCCUGACCAGGAGUGAGGAGGAGCCUGGACCGAGGGUGGUCCUGGAGCCGAGCGUGACCCCCCUGGACAGAGCGCUCAGCCUGCAGACCUUCUCCCCAUCCUGUGGGUGCUUAGCUUUAACCUAGAGCUGCCUGUUCGUAUCCUGAAUGUGCUGACUCAGGACACAGUCACCCCUCCGAUGCCAUACAUUGAUUAGGGGGUGUGUCUCCCAGAAAUCCUGUGUGUCAAAUUAGCCACUUCAGUCUUGCACUUGGUAAAUUUGGUCUCACUGAAGUGCAAAGACACCGAGACACUUGAGACCCCUGUUGGAAUCAGCAUUUGAUGGGCAUGUGGGUUCUGUGUGUAGGGGGUUUGGCCCGCUCAGGGGUCACUUGGCCUCUGAACAGGCUGUCACAGUUAAAGUGCCUUGACGUUCCAUUUCGACUGGUAAAGGAGGUGUUUGCAUGGGAAUCGCGAUGCUUUUUUAUGUAUUAAUGGGGGGAAAUGGCCGAAGAUUUCGGGAGAUAGCAGCACCCUGGGUCUGCAGUAGGUGUCUGUGAGGGUCCACUUCUGCCUUCUCAGCUGUUUUUAAAUGAGUCUGUGCCAUGAGCAAGUAGGAAAUGAGCGUGACAGAGAAGUUACGUUCUGUUACUUAUCCAAGGGGCAUUUGGAGGCCCUGCGGCCUGUUUUAUAAAUUAGUGGUACCUUGGCAGCACUGGCCUGGGUUGCGGGCCUCCUGACACGCACCUGUCAGUCUCACCUCCCUGCCCAGUGCUGCUCCCACAGGGGAGGGCUGGCUCCCUUCAGACAAACCCCAUGACCCUGAAAUGCUAACGACCGCUUAGCUUAGGUGGGCUGGGCUUCCGAGCAGAGCUGCCAUCUCCCAGGCCUGAAAAAACUAUAAACACCCUAUGCAAAUCCCCGCCUUCAGGAAGCUGUGGGUGCCCCUCUCAGACAUGUCACUGUGUCCUUGAGUCUUUUGCUCUGAACUUUGGCCUUUUAGAACAGCAUUUGCCCUGAUUAUAAGCCAUAGCAAACUGAGCUGUUUGCCUUUUGUAAGUUCUUCACUUUCUAUCAGGAGGCUCAUCAAACUGUGCACUCAGCAGUGCCCGUGACUGAGCAGAAGGCCCUGCGAAUUAGCCUCCCAGAGAAAAGCACCCGCUUGGACGGUGUGCGGAGGGGCAGCGGCGUGACACGCACGGAUGCAGUCACGCUUGAUGUUCCUUAUAAAAAGCCAGGUUAUAAUGGCUUCUCCGGUACCUUGUGUGACUUCCUCACAGAUGGAUUAGCAGUUGCAGGACCCUGGGACCCUCAGACAUCCUCACCAUAAAUCUGAAGAAUUCGGUCUCAAAUCUUCAGCUUGUUGUGGAAUGUUUUUUUCUCUUUAUUUUUUAUAAAAUGCAAUUAAAUACCUCAUUAAUAAAAGUCCAUUGGUGUCCGUACCUGGAGUACCAUUUCCUGCUGCCUCUGUUUGUGGCUGUCGGGGAGGCGGAGGUUUUGUCAGCCUGCGUGCUUCCCGCCUUGCGCUUGCACUGAUGAGAGGGCAUGCAGGUUAAAGGGGGUUGCGUUUCCCAAGCUGCACACUUCCAGGGGGAGGGAGGGUGCCCAGACCGGGUGUGUGGUUACCUGGGGGACGCUGCCCUCACGGUGGGCCUGCGGGUGUGAGCACACCCUGAUACAGUAUCAGUUGUGGCCGGGCCACUGGCCGGAUGCACCAUGCUCUACCUGGGACCAGGAAGCCGGUGAUACUAGUCUUAACAAAUGUUCUUUUAUGAUCAGGAAUAACAAUUCAGGUUGUAAGGACCAGUGGUCUCUGUAAGUGCAGACUGACCAGCACCCAAAAAGGUGCUAGAAGGAAGAGGUGAAAAAAUGCAGUUCCUGAUACCAACAUGCCUACUAUUUUUCCCAUCAUAUUUCAUGGUAAAAAAAAAAAAA